UACAUUAUGGGAGGCAUCUUUGAUUGUUCAAGGUUUAACUAUUGGUUCAGGAAAAAGAUCUAGCAAACGUGAAGCUCAAGCUGCUGCAUAUUUGGAUGCCGCAAUAGCAUUACGUAAAGAUUCACCAAAUCUUUGGGAGAGAUUUGAAAUUGAUAAAACCAAAGUAAAAAAUUCGAACAAACCACCACCGUUAAUAAAUGCUUCAAUAAGUGAAUCAGUUACUCAUACUCUUAAUCGACUGGUCAAUGACCUAUGCGAUGUUGGCAUACUUCGUUCGGAUGACAACAAAUCAGUUGAUUCUCAAGAUAAUAGUUCAAAAUCCGACCAAGCUUUUGAAGAUCAAAUAAAUCAGAGAGAGAAUAAGAACAAGAGUCAAUUUACAGCCCGCUAUCUUAACACCAGAUCAGAAAAGCUUUAUCGAGACCACCAACAUUAUUUGUGUUCUAAGCAAACGGAAAAGAUCCGCUUUAAUCGCAACCAACUUCCGAUUACGCAUUAUUCUAACGUAAUACUUGAGGCAAUUGAAAACCAUCCUGUGAUUGUUAUUGUUGGAUCAACUGGCUGUGGUAAAACAACUCAGUUACCCCAAAUGAUUUUUGAAGAUGCUAUCAUGAAUCAGCGAGGUUCACUAUGUAAUAUUAUCGUAACUCAACCACGAAGAAUUGCUGCCAUAUCAGUAGCCCAACGUGUUGCCUAUGAACGUUCAGAAAAACUUGGUCAAACUGUUGGAUAUCACGUUCGAUUUGACGCAGUAGAACCAGCACCGACCGGAAGUAUUUUAUACUGCACUACAGGAGUACUUCUUCGACGAAUGCAUGAUGAAAAAAAUGGAAUAGAUGCGUUGAAAGGCGUCACUCAUAUUGUAGUGGAUGAAGUACACGAAAGAGAUAUGAAUGCGGACUUUUUACUAGUAAUAUUGAAGCAAAUUCUUCGUGAAAGAC